AUUAUAAGCCAUAUCAAAACCAAUAAAGCCACCCACUGUAGACAAAAAAUAACACCACUAUAGAAUCUCCCAUUUUAAGGGUUAUCAAGGUUUCUUUUUCUUUCCACUCAGGUUUUGAAGAAGGCUCAUUAUAGAAGGCAAUAAGUUUAACUCUUGUGCUAUCUCAUCUGCUAUGCUUGUUUUGUUGGUUUACCUAUGAGAAUGAUUCAAAGAAAGCUAGCUGACAAGCUUGGUAUCCAGGCUGAUCAUGUUGAAUCUAAGAAGGGGUCUUCUCCUUCUCGGAAACAAGAUAUCAAGAACGAAGGAGCUGCAGACUUGAAGAAAACGAUGGAUAAAUCAGGAUCGGUGCAGCAUUUGGAUACUGAGAGCUUGAGAUCAUCACCAACUUUUCAUAUUCCAAAACCUGGUAAGCCAACAACUUCUGAUCAUGUCAGAACCAGGGCGGCUACCCCCCGAAGACAAUCUAUGGAGGGAUCACCUAAUUAUAUGAAGUCUACAAGCAGUUUUGAUGCGCGGAGAGAGUGUUCUCAGGUUAGUUCUCAAACUCCUCAGAAUAUUAUGAUAAGGAAGAGUAUGAGCCCGAUGAAAUCAAAUGAGUCGAGGCUUAGCUCAGGUUCUGUGAAUAAAACAGUAGGUGGAUUAGCUAGAACAUCUGGUUUGAAAGUAGCGAGGACCUUAAUAAAGACUCCUAGUUUCAAACCAGCAAGAAUUUCAACUAAAAAAUAUCCCCCUUCUGCUCUCUGCAAAGAUUUUGAUGUUCGGAAACCAACAUGUUCCACAACUUUAAAAGAUUCAAAAAUGCCUAUGUACCUUGAGCUUAGCGCAGGGGCGACGGAGUCUGAAGGAACUUCAGCUAUGAAGGUAUGUUCCUACACAUACUGUUCUCUUAAUGGUCAUCACCAUGCUCCUCUACCUCCAUUAAAGAGCUUUUUGUCCACAAAGAGGCGUAUGUUGAAGGCUCAGAAGGCUAUAAAGGUUGGAUGUCUGUCACCGCGUAGAGCCAAGCCAUUGCGAGAAAGAAUGGUAAAGAUUGACGCCAAGCAAGUGAUAUUGGCUGAGAUACCACCUGCCAAAGCCAUGGACUCUGACAGCAGGCCAAUAACUCCAUGUUUGCACGAAAAGCAAACAGAUUUUUUCGUUGAGAUCUACAGUAAAAUUGGGGAUGAUGAUACUGCCAGGGGGGAAGUUUCAGAGAGCCUUUCAAGUACGGCAUUAGGUUCUGUCAUUGAAUUUGAAGAAAACCUUGAAGCUAAAAAGGGUCAAGAUGUUGUUGCAGAUGCUACAGUCCAUUCAGUUCCCGGUGCUCAAGAAGAUGACAUACUUGAUUGCUUGAGAGCACAGUGCAGCAAAGAUGAAAACAGCCAGCCAAUUAGUCAAUAUGGCCCAUCAGAUUUUAAAGCUCCUGAGGUGGAGUCAGAAGAGGGGCAUUACUAUGAACCAGGUCUUAAUGAUGUCACAAAUCUCAAGCCGAAAGUAACUGACAUCUACAGUGGAUUAAAUGUCAAAUCAAUAUCAAUUUCAGAUGAUAAUACUAACAACAGCUAUGAAGACAUCCUAGCAGAUGAAGUGCAGGUAGGAUUUUAUGAUGAAAGAAGUGUGAGCUCUGGUGCUUGGUCUGAUGAUGGUGACUCCGAUUUGGAUGGUUCAUAUCACAAUAAGGACUUGGAAGAACCAUAUUCCACCUGUGAUGGAAAUUGUGAAUCAGUUGAGACUCAGGUAAGAGAAAACUCCAUUUCACAUUCCUUUGAGGAGUUCCAGGCAAAAAGUGCAGAGAAGAGUACUGUUCCAGAAGCAAGCACAGAUGAAAAAGAUGGAACUUGUGAACCAGUUGAGACUCAGAUAACCGAAAACUUAAUUUCACAUCUGACUGAGGAGUUUCACGCAACGAGUGUAGCAAAAAGUAAAGUUCCAGGAGCAAGCGAUGAAAUCCCCAGAUUGAAUUUUCAACUGGGAUCUGAUGCAAUAGCAUGCUCAACUGAUGUGGAAGAAGUGUUUGAUCUUCAGGGAGGUAAAGCUGCUAAACAAGAGCUGGUAUGUCAGUCGCUAUAUCAGGAUUUUGUAGAACAAGAUCAGGAUGAAACACAUAAGAAUUGCAACGCAGCUUUCAACAACAUGGAAGUUUUUGAGCUUGAUUCCACUGGUGAAAGCACAUCUAGUGAUGAUGUACUGGAGAGCUUUCACACAAAGACUGAAAACGAAGAUGCAGGCAAGGAAGACCAUGAGGAAAUGAUCUCUAGGAAUGAUGCCACAGAUGAAAUGGAGCAAAAAGAACCUCUCUCUGUCGAGUCCUUUGAUGGAAUUCAAACUUCCAAUUCAUUAAGAGAAAGUGAACAAGAAAAGCCUAUAGCUGAUCCAACAGAAGGUGUGGAGAUAAAGGAGAAACUUCUUGCAGCCCAGCACUCUGUUGGAAGCCUGCCUUUUGAAUUGUUGGAGGAAAUGCCUGACAGCAUCGCUGUAAACAAGGAUCACAGCAAGCAGACUCAUGUCACCAUCCCAAGUGAAACAAAUCAAUCUCACGCUGAUGAAACUCUUCUAUAUGAAAGCAAUGGUGUUGAAAAUCACGAAUAUCCAGAGAUCGGUCAAUAUCAAUUGCACACUUAUGAGUUUAAAACUUCCAAAAAUUCUGACGAUCAAAUGCAAUCAGGGCCAGCAGUUCUCAGAGCAACUCCAAAUCAAAAUCAGGAGGCUGACACAGUUGAAGGCGAAAAGAGAACUGAAACGGAUGCAGAAGAAACAAGCAUUAUAGAGAAAUCCUCGGGUACUACACUAAAAGGAGAUUACAUGUCCAAUGCAAACAGAACCUCAAAUGAAGAAAUGAGUCAGAUAUCUAAACAUUUAAGCUGGACAUUUGGUAGCAGAAAACCUGAUGCAGAGUCAGAAGAUGUCAGGGAUUUUAACCCAAGAGAACCAAAUUUUCUGCCAGAAGAACCUGAAUUAGAGCCAGAAAAGGUUGAUCUCAGACAUCAGCUGAUGGAUGAAAGGAAGAAUUCAGAGGAAUGGAUGGUAGAUUAUGCACUACGCCAAGCAGUCACCAGACUCGCCCCAGCUCGUAGCAAAAAAGUUAUAUUGCUUGUUGAAGCUUUUGAGAAGGUCUUGCCAGCACCAAGCUAAGACACUCGUCCGAGUCAUACUUCAUCAGCUCUUUUACACGCCAGAAGUAUACACACUUGCAAAACAGUGGCAAACUGACUAACUGAGGCAUGGAUCAUAAGCCAUGACAUUUAAUCACUAGGGCAAUUAAUUCAUUAGAGUCGAUCAAUUAAUUAAGAGAUAUGGCAUAUGUGAGAUAUUGAACAUAAUGUUGAAACCACAUGUUGGUUUCUUAUCUUAAGUUUAUGUAAGAGUUUGGUCAGUGCAUUCAGAAA